GAGUACAUGACUGAGCUACAGGUGUUGCUGCGCUCGGUGUCUGAGGCGGAUUUCAAGCUCAACUCCCCUGAAUACUGGCCCGCCGUGUUCUACAACCUGCCCCAGCAACACACCUGCAUCAAGGAGGCGAAGGUCAGCAUCGACCAGCUAGUAGCCCCGGUGGACGAGGCCCUGGGCAGGAGGGACGAGAUGGUGUCGGGGGCCCGCCCUCUGGAGGCCCAGAAGAUCCACGACACGGCCCUGCUCCUCAAGACCAACUGGGACAAACUCAACAAGCUGCACCAGGAUAGGCUGAGGCGAUGGGAGGAGUCCAACACAAAGUGGCUGAAGUUCUCGGCGGAGCAGAAGGCGUUGGAGGCGUGGCUAGAGGAGGCGGAGAACACGCUGAACCUGGCCGAGGGCAGCCCCGACACACACCGCCAGCACCUGCGGGACCUGACGGAGGCGGUGCCGGCGAAGGAGGUGGCCCUGGGCCGGGUGACGUCGGCGGGGAAGGAGGUGGCUCAGCUCAGCACGCCGGACGACGCCGGCCGCCUGCUGCUGGCCCUCAAGAGCCUCCACACCCGCUGGGCCAGCGCCCUGGGACGACUGGAGCAGCACCGCAGACGGUCCUCAGAGGCCCGUAGUGCGGCGGCCACCCUGGAGGAGGACCUGGGCUCCAUGCAGGCCUGGCUGGACCAGGCCGACGGGGUGCUGGCCAUCCCCAUACACCCUGCCGAGCCCCAGCACAUCAGGGACACCCUGGUCAAGGUCCAGGCGCGCGUGGACGAGAUCCCCGGUAGGGCGUUGGCGGUGGAGGACCUGAACCAGAGGCUGAAGCAGAACCAGGUCCCCGCGGAGAAACACGCCGACAUCAGGGUCAUCAACUCCCGCUUCGCCCAGGUGUCCAGGGAUCUGCCUGAGUGGCAGCUGGAGAUGGAGGGCCUGCUGAGGGACCUGGAGCGGCUCCAGGGCCAGCUGGCGGACCUCUCUGCCUGGGCAGCACGCGCCCGCACCCGCCUGGAGAGCAGCCCGGAGGAGCUGGAGCCCAAGCUGGUGGAGGAGGUGCAGGCCAAGGAGCCAGAGGUGGAGUCAUUGUUGGACCGGGCCAAUCAGCUCUACAAGGACAACCCUCCCAGCCAAUCAGACAAGGAGAAGCAUGCCCAGCUGACUGAGGACUGGUCAGUGAUACUGGAGCUGAUGAGACAGCACAGAGAACGGAUGGCUCUACUGGCGGCCAGGAAAUCCCAACAAACCCUACUAGGAAGUGGCCAAGCGGAGUCGGCUGCGUUGGCCCAGUUCCACAAGUCCUGGGCCGAGCUCACUGAUUGGCUGAGCAUGCUGGACAACAUGGUGCAAAACAAGCGGGUGGUGGUGGCUGACCUGGAUGACAUCAACAGCAACAUCCAAGGGCUCAAGGCUUCCCUUCAGGAGAUGGAGCAGCGCCGCCCCCUGCUGGAGAAGCAGGUCACUGCAGCCCAGAACCUGAAGAACAAGACCAGCAACCAGGAGACCCGCAACGCCAUCACUGAUCGCAUCGAGCGUCUUCAGGCCCACUGGGAGGACUCCCAGACCAAGCUCUCUGAUAGGACGGCGCAGCUUCACAACAUGCUGAAGGACUCCACCGAUUGGCUGGAGUCCAGGAGGAAGGUGGAGCCUCUGAUCAAGGAGGCCAAUGAGAGGAUGGAUGCCAUGACGGAGAUCACGUACACGGUGGAGGCACUGAAGAAGCAGAACAACGAACUCAAGGGUCUGGCUAAGGACCUGUCGGCGUGGUGGGGGCAGGUGGAGCAGUGUAACUCGCAGGCAGACGGUCUGCUGAGGCAGUACUCCGCCGACGACACUCACCUGGUCCGACACCUGCACGACACCAUCAACGGCAGCUGGACCCACGUCAGCAAGAGGGUGUCUGAGCGCGAGGGGGCUCUGGAGGGAGCCCUGCGGCUGCUGCAGCAGUUCCACCUGGACCUGGAGAAGUUCCUCAACUGGCUGACGGAGGCCGAGACCACGUGCAACGUGUUGGUGGACGCCACCAGCCAGGAGCGGCUGCAGGAGCAGCCCCACGCCGCCAAGAACCUGCUGGCCCAGUGGAAGGACCUCCAGGAGGAGGUGGAGGGCCAGGCGGAGCUGUACCACUCCCUGGACGAGAACGGCCAGCGGGUGGUCUCGGCGCUGGGGGGCUCGGAGGAGGCGGGGCCGCUGCAGCGGCGGCUGGACAACAUGGGCCAGCGCUGGAACGACCUGCGCAGCAAGACCAUCAGCAUGAGGGCCCACCUGGACUCUGAGAUGGCCCCCUGGAAGCGUCUCCACAUGACCCUCCAGGAGCUCCUCAACUGGCUGAGGGUCAAAGGUCAACAGCUGGAAAAGGAGCCGCCUGUAGGGGGAGACGUCCCCGCUGUGCAGACCCAGCUCGACACACACAGGCUCUUCAGAAAGGAGCUGAGGGCCAAGGAACCGGUGAUCAGCAGAUCCCUAGGGGACGUGAGGGUCUUCCUCUCUGAACUGCCUAGAGACACACCCUCCCCUGACCAUAGAGACAUCAGCCCCGAGGAGCGGGCGCAGAACGUGGGCCGUGUGCUCCGCAAGGAGGCGGAGGACCUGGGGGCGGGCUGGGAGCGGCUGGGCGGCGACGCGGCGGCCUGGCAGCGCCGCCUGGAGCUGGCCCUCCAGCGGCUCCAGGAGCUCCAGGAGGCCAGGGACCUGCUGGAGGGACAGCUCAGGCAGGCCGAGAUGGUGAAGGAGGCCUGGGAGCCCGUGGGGGACCUGGUGACGGACUCGCUGCCCGAGCACAUCGAGAGGGUGAAGGAGUUCCAGGAGGAGAUCGCCCCGAUCCAGGACGACGUCACGCACAUGAACGACCUGGCGUCCACCUUCGCCCCGGCCGACAUCCAGCUGUCGCCUAGCAACCUGGAGCGCAUCGAGGACCUCAACACACGCUGGAGGCUGCUGCAGGUUACCAUGGAUACCGGAGAUCGGAGGACCGGGGAGAGUGAGGUGGAUUCAAAGCUCUCAAUUAAAGAUCACCUCAAGCAGCUGACGGAUACUCACAGAGACUACAUGCUGCUUCAUGGGUCGGUUGACAGCCCCUUUGAGCAAGGCACUUCCCCCAACAAUGUGCCUUACUACAUCAAUGAGAAAGCUGAACCUUUUGCGAUGACCCAGGCCCCCCACCAGACCCAGACAACAUGCUGGGACCAUCCCAAGAUGGCCGAGCUGUACCAGUCCCUGGCCGACCUGAACAACGUGCGCUUCUCAGCCUACCGUACGGCCAUGAAGCUCCGCCGCCUGCAGAAGGCUUUGUGCUUGGACCUGCUGGGGAUGCCGGCGGCGUGUGAGGUGAUUGAGCAGCACGGCCUGAAGCAGAACGAGCAGCUGCUGGACACGCCCACGCUGGUGGCCUGCCUGACCAGCCUGUACCAGCAGCUGGAGGCCACGCACGCCCACCUAGUCAGCGUGCCGCUCUGCGUCGACAUGUGCCUCAACUGGCUGCUCAACGUUUACGACACGGGCCGCACAGGGAAGAUCAGGACGCUGUCGUUCAAGACGGGGAUCAUCUCUCUCUGCAAGGCCCACCUCGAGGACAAGUACAGAUUCCUGUUCCGGCAGGUGGCCAGCGCCACGGGUUUCUGUGACCAGCGGCGCCUGGGCUUGCUGCUCCACGACUCCAUCCAGAUCCCCCGCCAGCUGGGGGAGGUGGCGUCCUUCGGAGGCUCCAACAUCGAGCCCUCCGUCCGCAGCUGCUUCCAGUUUGCCAACAACAAGCCGGAGCUGGAGGCGGCCAUGUUCCUGGACUGGAUGCGUCUGGAGCCCCAGUCCAUGGUGUGGCUGCCCGUCCUGCACCGCGUGGCCGCCGCCGAGACGGCCAAGCACCAGGCCAAGUGCAACAUCUGCAAGGAGUGCCCCAUCAUCGGCUUCAGGUACCGCAGUCUGAAACAUUUCAACUAUGACAUCUGCCAGAGCUGCUUCUUCUCGGGCCGAGUUGCCAAGGGCCACAAGAUGCAGUACCCCAUGGUGGAAUACUGCACUCCGACAACGUCCGGGGAGGACGUGAGGGACUUUGCGAAGGUCCUGAAGAACAAGUUCAGGACCAAGCGAUACUUCGCCAAGCACCCGCGCAUGGGCUACCUGCCUGUCCAGACCAUCCUGGAAGGAGACAACAUGGAGACUCCUGUCACUCUGAUCAACUUCUGGCCCGUAGAACAUCUGCCUGGCUCCUCCCCCCAGCUCUCCCAUGAUGACACGCACACUCGCAUUGAGCACUACGCCAGCCGGUUAGCCGAGAUGGAGAACCGUAACGGCACGUAUCUCAACGACAGCAUCUCUCCCAAUGAGAGCAUAGACGACGAGCACAUGCUGAUCCAGCACUACUGCCAGUCUCUGAGCCAGGGCUCCCCGCUGAGCCAGCCGCGCAGCCCCGCCCAGAUCCUCAUCUCCAUGGAGACGGAAGAGAAGGGGGAGCUGGAGAGGGUCCUCGGCGACCUGGAGCAGGAGAACAGGAAGCUGCAGGGGGAGUACGACCGGCUGAAGCGGGCGCACGACCGCAAGGGCCUGUCCCCGCUGCCCUCGCCCCCCCACAUGCUGCCGGCGUCGCCCCCCAGCCCGCGGGACGCCGAGCUGCUGGCCGAGGCCAAGCUGCUGCGGCAGCACAAGGGCCGCCUGGAGGCCCGCAUGCAGAUCCUGGAGGACCACAACAAACAGCUGGAGUCACAGCUGCACCGCCUCCGCCAGCUGUUGGAGCAGACGGACUCCAAGGUGAACGGCACAGCCCUGUCCUCCCCCUCCACCUCCUCCCAGCGCUCAGACUCUUCCCUCCCCCUGCUCCGCAUGGCCGCCAGCCAGACCACCGACACAAUGGGAGAUGAUGAGCUGUCCAGCCCCUCCCAAGAUGCAUCUGGGCUGGAAGAGGUUAUGGAGCAGCUCAACAACUCCUUCCCCCACAGCCAGGCAGGGAGACGGGGACACCUGUAAGAGGUCCCAGUGUGGGCAGUUUGUUCCACAUGGCCGAUGACUUAGGUCGAGCCAUGGAGUCAUUGGUUACCGUGAUGACAGACGAGCAGAAUGGGGAUUAGCACUAGGCUCAACCAACCCAAGCCCCUCCCCCUCCAAAAGUCCCGCCCACAACCUUCUCCCCGCCUUCCAUUGGCCCUCCCCCUCCCUCACCAAUCAAACGCAUGCUUUUCUAGUCAAACAACUGGAUUGAACACACAGUUUACAAAGAGAAUAUAUAUAACGUCUAUUUUUGUGAAGGACUGCAGUUACACGCAAUGACAUAAAAAAAACAAUUAGAAAAUGACAAAAAUUAUACCUUGUAGAUUUCAGUAGUUUCUUAAAAAAAAAAGUCCUAAAAUGGUUUUAUUAUUAACAGAGGCUGGUUUUUAAACUUCUAUGCAAUUGUAUAAAAAAAACUGAGGGAAAAAUCAAAGAAAGACUAAAUACAAAUACAUGUAUUCGACGUGAUCGUAUAUUUGCCAUCUCUUUGUAACUGAAAAAAAGGACGCAUUUCAGACAUUUGUAAUGAAAAAGAAUGAUUGUAAUCAUAUGGGUGCUUUCUAAGAGGAACAUCUCUUUCUACAACAGAAUAUAUACUACUGUCGAGGCAAAACGGGCACUCUGGAAUUAAGUGUGUGUUAACGACAAGAUGUUUAAGGAUUUUGUCCUGUGUGCGUGUGUAUGUGUGUGUGUGUGUGUGUGUGCGUGCGUGUGUGUUUCUGUGUGUUUCUGUGUGUGUGGAGGGUUGCCGGCCUCCACAUUGCAUAAAACCAUCUUCGUUCCAUCAACCCAUCCCUCCAUCUUUUUAAUCUUCAUCCAUCUAUCCAUCCAAUAAUGCAUCGUCCCAAGGGAUUAUGUAGUCAUGGCUACCUUAUAUUUAAUUGCAAGACCAAGUGCUAUAUCCAUAGAAUUCUUAAAAAAAAGGCCCAUUUCAGAACUGCCGUAAGGCCAGGAGGUUGCUAAGCAAUACGAAACACAUUUAGGGAAAUAUUUUAUCCUUUUUUAUUUAAAUUGAGUAUAAUGACAUUUUGGUAUUUAAACUGAACGUUGAAGUAUGUCAUCUGACUUAACUGAACUUAACACACAAUCAGUUUUAGCGUUCCCAUUCUGACUUUUCGUAAAAUAAGCUAUUGUGAAUAAUCGAGUUGAUUAAUAUUCACCUGUAUUUUAAAUCAAAUCUCUAGCAUAAUUUAAUUACUAUCGUUUGAGGUAGCUUAAUGGCUCUGAUAAUGUGGCUAUCUACUUGCUUUAGCCUUCUGCUAAUAGGAAGGAAUAUUCAUGAAAUGAACUUGGUAUAAACAUGAAACAGCGGCAUCUUGAUGGAGCAUAGCUCCGAUGACAAUACAAUGUAGUCAGAAUCUCUGUGAUUUUAAGAUAUGGAUUUAUCUAGAAAAAUAACUGCUGCACUUGCGUUUUUAAUUCACGUCCAUUGCUUCUAUGGUUCUGCACUGGGCCUUUUUUGUGUAAGUGCACUCCAUCUAUCGAUGUUAUUAGCACUGGAAUUUACUGGAAUGCAAUGCAAGCUUUACAUCACUGCAAUGAAGAUCUCGCGUUUCUAAAAUAGGGGUUCAUGUAUUUCUUUUUUCUUUUUGUUUGGAAUUUGCCUCAUUGUUCAGGUUGGAGUGUUUUUGUUGAGGCAUUAGGAGCACACACUAUAUGUAAUAGAGCAUAGCAUAACUGGUUUUUGUUAGAAAAUACUGGAAGAGGAGAAUGUAGUAUAUUUGUUUUCUUUUUGUUUCAUUUUAAUGGACGCAUGACAGUAUUACUGGCUGGCUACUACCUAGGUCCUUUUUCCUCAAAAAACGAAAUUUCUUAAAUGUUUGAAACAAAACUAGCAUUGUUUCCCCCAAGAAGCGAUCGAAGUUCUAGGAGAGCCGAUAAAGCAAGCUCUACCUCGAAUGAGUUCUCGAAUUUUAUAAUCUCUAUGGUUGAAGGCAUUUACUCAUCGUACCUCCAUAGUUGUAACUGUUUCUUUCAAAUUCUUUCAAUUAACAAACAACAUUAAUUAGCGUUGGCUUUGUCCGAUUGACAUUAAGAUGCCUGUAUGUGUCCAUGCAUUGAAUCUGAAUGUCAAGAUGGACGCCCUUCUCUUCCCUGUGGGCUGUUUUUUUCAUCAAACAGUCUUCACAACUAGAAAGCAUUUAAUUGAUUUUCUCUUUCUGUCGAAUGAGUGACCGUUGGCCAACCGCCAUUCGCGGAACAUGCUAGCAUCGGCUACUGUCACACACGGUACAUAGUCGUGUUAUCUGUGGUUUAAACAAGAAAACUUGGACGCGCUCACUCGUACGUGUUUUUUUCUUUGGUUGAAUACGAUAAUCUGAAAUAUUGAGUUUUGUGCUGUGUGAGGUGUUUAUUUCAGCAUGUGUGACCUAAUGCAGUCUUUGUUUUCUUCAACGAGGGACAGUUCUGGAAAAAAUCGUGCAGAUGCAAUCAGCACCGUCGAUACGUCACACUCUGAGCAUGAUCAGGUGCUUUGAAUCACACACUGGGUCUCCGAUUGAGUUAUAAUGUUUAAUUUUAACCUUAUUUAAUUUCUUUCUCCCCAACCCCGCCAUGUUUUUUUUGUUGUCAUUUUCUUCCGCCCUUCAAUACUCAUCGAUACUCCACAACAUAUCAGAUUCCACCAAAUAUAUGCCUUACUACUGUAUUAUAAAAUGCUUUACUGUAUAUCAAUAAAGCACGCAGUUAUGUUGAAGUG